AUGGACGCAAUUCAAGCAGAAUUGACUUCACUUGAAAAACGUGAAGUUUUCGGACCAAUAGUCCGAACACCUGAAGAUGUGAAGCCAGUGGGGUACAAAUGGGUGUUUGUGCAAAAACGAAAUGAGAAAGGUGAAGUCGUAAGAUAUAAAGCACGACUUGUGGCACAAGGAUUUUCACAAAGGCCUGGCAUUGAUUAUGUGGAGACAUAUUCUCCUGUGGUGGAUGCAAUUACCUUCGGGUAUCUAAUAAAUCUGGCAGUUCGUGAAAAGCUUGAUAUGCAAUUAAUGGAUGUUGUCACAGCCUAUUCAAUGUGCCUGAAGCAUACAAAAGUUCGCAGGAAACCUGUUCAAUAA